AUGAUUCUAAGGCGAAUCGAAAAUAGAGGGAAAGAGUAUCCGAUUAAAGAGAUUGUUCCUGUGGCCGAAGAAAUCCUUAAAGCCAGACAUAAUCUUAUCACUAACGUCACGGCGCUUCUUAAAGUGUUUCCUGUAUUGACGUGCAAAUUCUGCUCAGAGGUAUUUGUUGGGAAAGAAGGACACUUGAUUCAGACAUGCCGAAGUUAUAUCCGGCGUGGCAACAACCGGCUACAUGAAUGGGUUCCUGGUUCCAUAAAUGAUAUACUUGUGCCUGUCGAAUCCUUCCAUUUGUACCACAUGUCUCAAGGUGUUAUCAAACAUCAACAGAGGUUUGAUUAUGACCGGGUUCCCGCUGUCUUGGAACUAUGUUGUCAAGCAGGAGCCAUCCAUCCCGAAGAAAUCCUGCAAUAUUCGAAAAUUCACGAUAACCCGCAAAUCUCGGAUGAAGAUAUCAGGAAUUUUCCAGUUGGAGAUCUCAAAUAUGUUGGGGCAAAUGCUCUAAAUGCAUGGGAGAGAGUGAGAGCUGGUCUGAAGAAACUAUUGCUCGUUUAUCCUUCAAAAGUUUGCAAACGGUGCCACGAGGUUCACGUUGGACCAAGCGGUCACAAAGCUCGGCUAUGUGGUGUGUUCAAAUAUGAGAGCUGGCGCGGCACACAUUACUGGGAAAAAGCCGGUGUGAACGAUCUGGUACCCAAGAAAGUCGUAUGGCACCGGAGACCUCAGGACCCGGUGGUUCUUGUGGACGAAGGGCGGAGUUAUUACGGACAUGCCCCAGCUAUCGUGAGCCUUUGUAGCCAUGCCGGUGCAAUAGUUCCUACUAGAUACGCUUGCGAGAUGAAGCCUCAAGGUUUAUCUUUUCCUUUCACUAAUUCAAUUUCAAGUCGGGAAAUGUAG